AGCUUACUAGGUCUUGAUACAAUGCAGAACUCAAGUUCCCUGAUCUCUGCGAAGAACAAUGUCGCCGGUUUUGAAGCUCUCUCUCUUCCUUUAUGAAUCUUUCCAAGUCUUCUUCUGGUCCAAAAGCCGAAGGAAUGGAAUCAAUCGAGUUGUCAUCCACAACAACAUUAUCUGACGGGUCCAUGAGAAUUGGCGACAUGGGAGAGAUAGGACACAUUUGGAAGCAGACAAGGAUCAUUGUCUUGAUACCCGUUUUGAAGUUUUUCAUCACAUUAUGUCUGCUCAUGUCCUUGAUGGUGUUCGUAGAAAGAGUUUACAUGAGCGUAGUUGUAGUCAUUGUCAAGUUACUCAGACGAAAACCGGAAACGGUACACAAAUGGGAAGCAUUGAAGGAUGAUAUUGAGCUUGGCCACGCCACAUAUCCUAUGGUUCUUAUCCAAAUUCCAAUGUACAAUGAAAAAGAGGUGUGUCAACUAUCGAUAGGCGCAGCUUGCACGCUCUCGUGGCCGUUGGAUCGUAUGAUAGUUCAAGUGCUUGAUGAUUCUACAGAUCAAGACAGUAAGGAUCUAGUAAACAUAGAGGUCGCAAAAUGGGCGAACAAAGGUAUAAACAUAAUGUCCGAAAUUAGGGACAACAGAAAUGGAUACAAAGCAGGAGCUUUGAAAGCAGGGAUGAAGCAUAGCUAUGUCAAGAAAUGCGAAUACGUGGUGAUUUUCGAUGCCGAUUUCCAGCCAGAUCCCGAUUUCCUCACUCGAACAAUCCCUUUCCUUGUCCACAACCCCGAAAUCGCUCUCGUGCAGACUCGGUGGAAGUUCGUCAAUGCCAACGAGUGUUUGAUGACAAGAAUGCAAGAGAUGUCCCUCAACUACCAUUUCUUGGCAGAGCAAGAAUCUGGUUCUUCAACUCAUGCCUUCUUCGGAUUCAACGGGACUGCGGGUGUGUGGAGAAUUUCUGCGUUGAAUGAAGCUGGAGGAUGGAAGGACCGGACAACUGUGGAGGACAUGGAUUUGGCGGUUAGGGCCUGUCUCAACGGUUGGAAGUUUGUGUAUGUUCAUGACAUUGAGGUGAAAAAUGAGUUGCCAAGCACCUUCAAAGCUUACCGGUUUCAGCAACACCGUUGGUCUUGUGGUCCGGCAAACCUCUUUAAAAAGAUGACGGUGGAAAUCAUCGAGAACAAGAGAGUUUCGUUAUGGAAGAAGUUGUAUUUGAUAUAUAGCUUCUUCUUCGUAAGGAAGAUAGUAGUACACAUCUUCACAUUUGUGUUCUACUGUCUCAUUUUGCCAACCAGUGUUUUCUUCUCCGAGAUCGAAAUCCCGAAAUGGGCCUCGGUUUAUAUCCCGACUACAAUCACUCUCCUUAACGCAGUCGCUACGCCGAGAUCGCUGCAUCUUCUGGUGUUUUGGAUCUUAUUCGAGAAUGUCAUGUCUAUGCAUCGGACCAAGGCGACCUUAAUCGGCCUACUUGAUGCCGGGCGGGUUAACGAAUGGGUCGUGACAGAAAAACUCGGAGAUACUCUUAAGAUGAAGUUAAUCUCCAAAGUCCCGACGAAGCGUAGAAGUGAAUUCGGCGAAAGAAUCCAUUGGCGAGAGCUCGUUGCGGGUUUGUACAUCUUUCUCUGCGGAUGCUACGAUUUCGCAUUCGGGAAGACGUUUUUCUAUGUGUACCUUUUCUUGCAGUCCGUCGCCUUCUUUGUUGCUGGAUUCGGUUAUGUUGGCACAUUUGUUCCUGGUUAGGAAAAAUUUUGGUUAUGUGAUUGUUGUCACCUUAAAUCUUGUGGACAAAGCUCGUAGGAACAAAAUUAAUUUAUCUUUUUUCAAUCA